AUGGAUUCUCUGCUAGCAACCUACGCCUCUUCUGACGAAGACGAAGACCACCACCAACCAAUCCCAUCCAAAACGACACCGUCUUCUUCCUCCCUCUCCUCCUCUCUUCCUCCACCCAAAUCAUCUCUCUUCAACUUUCUUCCUCCUCCCAAACAGCCCUCUUCCGACACACUUUCUUCUACUCCCGGAAUCUCUUCCCUCCCUAAACCUAAAUCCCAAAUCCACGAAAAACCCAAAAGAGUCGUUCAAUUCAAACCCCCAAUCAUUCCUUUACCAAAGCCCAAUCUUGAAGACGAUGAAGAUGACGACGAUGAAGAAGAAGAACGAAACAGAAGAAGAAAGUUGGAGUCUUCCAUUCAAACUCCAUCCGUGAAAUCAUUCUUGUCCACCAUUCCCGCACCUAGAAAUUCUUCCACUCUUGGUAUUCAAUCAAUCUCUGGCUCUGGCAGAAGAUCCAUCCUUGAAACCACCACACCAGCUCCAGCACCGCGGCCAAGUUCCGGUGGUGGUUCUAUCGGUUCAGUCACCGCAACCGCAGAGAGUAAUGUUCAUGAAGAUCAAAAUGGAACGGAUUAUGAAAAUUAUGAAAAUUACCAAUAUGCCACUGACCAGUAUGAUAGUUAUGGGAAUUACCAAUAUGCAACUGAUCACCAUUAUGAUAAUUCUGGUGCUAGCACUGGCACUGCUUCUAACGGUGAUGGAUAUGCAAAUUAUGGUGCCUACGAGGGUUAUGGACAGUAUGAAAAUAAAUGGGUUGAUAGGUCGGAUCCAUCAGCUCCGGAGGAUUCUGGGAUUAGUGAGAGUGUGUUGAAGUUUACUGGGAAGAGAGGUAGGAAGGAGGUUCCUGUGGAAGUGAUUGAAGUGAAGCAAGAUGAGUUGAUGAAGAACAGACCAAGAGAGGAUAAAGCUAAGCUUACUGGGUUAGCUUUUGGACCUUCUUACCAGCCUGUUUCAGCAAAGGGAAAGCCUUCAAAGCUGAUGAAGAGAAAGCAUCAAAUUGGUUCAUUGUACUUUGAUAUGAAACAAAAUGAAAUGAAACUCGCCGAGCGCCGUUCUAAGGGCAUGCUUACCAAAGCUGAAACACAAGCGAAAUAUGGAUGGUGA